AGACCACCGUCAUCGUCGCUGUCGUACGGCGGCGCGGUGAACGACGACGUACGCUCACCAGGCUCCGGAGGCACUCCUGGGCCUCUCAGCCAGCCCCCACCGCAGACCCUCGACGCGACAGAUCCAGGUAAGCUCUAA